GUGCCUUCGCAAAGUUGGCCCGGACGACUUAUUGGGCUUCAGUGUGGAGGCAGAUAUCAAUCGUCCGGAUUGCCUACAGAUCGUGUCCAUCUCAGAGAAGGGCCUCCUCGGGCGGCGCAAUGCGGCUGUGGGUCCGACAGAGCGUGCGGUAGAAGGCUCCUGGGUCGUAGAGGUGAACGGAGUGGCGGGAGAUUUGGAAGCCAUGCGCAGCCAACUGGAGGCGCCUGACAUCUUGCUGGUCGUUCUCGUGCCGCAGGGGGAGGCGGAUGACUUUGGGCGAAGGAAACCAAGCCGACCUGCCGUCAUACCCCAUGCCAAUGUCAAGGGGGAAGUGCCGCUGUGCCGCUGCAAUGGCUACUGCAAGUGCGGUCUUGCUGAUGCACUCGGCCGAGCACGCGACGAGCAGGGCAAGUGGAGUGUGGCGCAGCCGGCCUUGCGCAUCAGCAACCUCCAUCCAGAGGUGACUGAAGAGAUGCUUUACAGCUUGUUCACAGAGCUGGCGCCUGUCGCCACACUGCGUGUGGUGCGCGACACCAAGACCCUGGAGUCUGAGCUGCAUGGCUUUGUGAACUUCCACACCUUCAACGAUGCGCAGAGGGUGCUUGAA